AUGGUCGCCGACACGGACGCACACACGGACGCCGACACGGACGCCGGCACGGACACCGACACGGACGCCAACUCCGAUACGAACACGGACACCGACACCGACUGCUUUAAAACCACCCCCUUCGUCCCUUCUCUGUCAUUUGCACCAGCAACACCGUCACAGCCGUUGCUGCUGGUGUUGCAAACGCCACUGCCACAUUUACGACUUUUUGCCACGCCCUUGUCAUUGUUUCCAACACCCCGACACCGCCUCUCCGUUAUCGAGCGACAUUCCUCAGUAGCUGACGCUACUGAUUUAUUCAAUGGCACGCCGAAUUAUCUAGAAGCUGCCGUCUACCACUUGCGAGAGGCGAUUCAGCUGUCGUGCACGGAAAGGUUCAUCUGCCCAUGCUCGCCGUCGUGGGCGGGGCCCGGCCAGGAGGGCAACCCCAAGCUGGGGAGGCUGAUGCACCUCGUGUCGCAGACAGACCUGUCCAUCACCAUCUGCCCGGACGGCACCGUUAAGGGCAGCCCUGGCCUUGACGAAUGUGUAUAUGGCUUUGACGUUGGCGAUAAAUGCAAUUUUAAUCCAAAUCAUUUUGGUGAUAUCAGCUACGUAGAAGUUGAAACAUAUUGGCAAAAGGAGGAACCUUCGGGCAAUGCAGACAUUGUUGCUUUAGAAUUACAUGUCGACGGACCAAGUGAUCUAAUACCGGAAAAAGGAGUUGAAGAUCGCUUCAAAAUCUGCUUCCUUCGACCGUCGGCGGCGCAGGCCGUGCGGGGCAGGCCGGUGUCUGGCGUAGGGCGGUGGCGCGGCCGCGGCGAAUCGAGCGCGCGGCGAGCGGUCAGGCGUCCGCCCACGCCCGCGGGCGUCCGGCGCUUCGCCCACUGCAAAGAGGCGCGCCGUCGCCUCCUUCCGGGAGGGAGCAGCCCAAGCACGUUUCCUACGCUCUCCUCUGCCCUCAACAAACGGCUUCUUGCGUCUUUGGGGAAGCGGCUGCGACGGCGCAGUGGCGGGUGUUCGGAUGCUUCACCAAUGUGGCUGGAAGAUAUCCUGACGAUGAAAUCUCUUCCGAGAACGGGAUGGCCCUGGGCAGAACGUUCCGAGCUGGACCGCACCGACACGUACGUGGAGACCAUGCAGAAGGCGGAAGACGGAGAGAUAGAGAGAAUACUAAGACAGAGAGUGGACGCAGAGUGCCAUGAGUAA